AUAGGGUACAUAAAAGAAAAACAGAUACAUAGAGGGAUCAUAACCUUUCCUCUUCAUCAUCCCUUUCAGCUCAUCACGGUGAAUACCGUAUUGCAUCCAAACCAACACAAUGGGAUUCUGGAGCCAGCUGAGAUUGUUGAUGUGGAAAAACUUCCUCCUGCAAAGAAGAAAAAAAAUGCGUGACGCUAUUUGAGAUCUCCAUGCCUUUGUUCUUCGCCGUCUUGUUUCUUCUUCUGAGAUUCAACAUUAAAAUCACACCGAAGAGCGAGGCCACUCUCUAUGACGACUUCCCUGUCACUGCAAAUGGAACUGUCUUGGACUGGAAAGGGUCGGAUUUGGAAAAUAUCAUACUGUACACCCCAAACACAACGUUACUGAAUAAUCUGAUGACACAGGUGGAGAUCGACUUGGGUGUCAAACAAGCCAAUGUGACGGUGAUGGGGUUUGCAACUCCGACGGAGAUGUUGCGUCACUACAAGUUUCACCCUGCCAACAUCACCUACGCUGUAGAAUUCAACGUCUCGUCCACAGCGACGUCAUUGCCGACGUCGCUCCAUUACAGUUUGCGCCCCAAAAUGGAAGACUGGAACACAGACUCCAUCACCUCAUUUUCAGGGAGUAACGCCCCCCGGGAUGGGACACCAGAUUAUCGAUCAACAGGAUUCCUCCUUCUUCAAAAAACAAUCGACGAAGCCAUCAUCAAGGAGUGGAACACUAGUGCCUCGGAUCUGCUCGAUAACCUUGACCUUCGCCUCCAGCGCAUGCCGUUCCCGCCGUAUAGAGAGGAUGGGAUGGCGUCCCUGCUGCAGAUCAUGUUUCCAGUGCUUCUCAUGAUGAGCUUCAUCCUGAUGGCGAUCCAGACCACAAAGGGAGUUGUGUAUGAAAAGGAAAGGAAACUGAAAGAAUCCAUGAAGCUGAUGGGAUUGAGUGCUGCGGCUCAUUGGGCGUCUUGGUUUCUGACCAUCUUCAUUUACAUCCUGGUAUUCUCGGCCAUUUACACCGUGGCCUGUGGUGUCAACAUCAGUGGCAAUGGCGCCGUCCUCGCCAACUCCGACCCGUCUGUCUUAAUGGUGUUCCUCAUCUGUUACGGAGUGGCCAUCAUAUCUUACUGCUUCAUGAUCAGCGCCUUCACACAUAGAGCCACUACUGCUUCAGCGGUUUCCGCCAUCAUCUACUUCAUCACAUACUGCCCGUACUUCUACCUUCAAACCAUCUACACCGACAUGACUCGACCCCAGAAGCUGUCUUCGUGUCUGCUGUUUAACGUUGCCAUCGGCAUGGGUGCUAACGUCUUUGGUUUAUAUGAAGGCACUGGUGUAGGUGUACAGUGGUCGAACUUCGACCAGCCCGUCUCGGAAAGUGACAACUUCUCCCUGCUGGACGCCAUGUUGAUGUUGCUAGGCGACACGGCAAUUCAUCUCCUCAUCACCUGGUAUAUUGACAAUGUCUGGCCAGGGGAGUUUGGUGUACCGAAACCAUUCUACUUCCUCUUCACUGCAACGUACUGGUGUGGCUCAAACCAGGUCAAACCUAAUGAUUUCGACGUAACGAACCAAGACAGUACGCACUUUGAAAAGGAGCCAACGGGAAUGCAAGCUGGAAUCUCCAUCAGAAACCUUAGAAAGGUGUUUAGUAGUGGUUCGAGAAAGAAGGUAGCUGUGGAUGGGAUGAGUCUCAACAUGUUCGAGGGUCAGAUCUCUGUUCUCCUGGGUCACAACGGCGCUGGGAAAACUACAACCAUGUCUGUUCUUACAGGUUUCAUCCCUGCAUCUGGAGGCACCGCCAUUGUGAACGGUUACGACAUCAACAACGACAUCCAGAGUGUCCGGCAGAGUCUAGGUCUCUGCCCUCAACACAACAUCCUGUUUGAUACUCUCACAGUUCAGGAGCACAUGCAGUUCUUCGCUAAUCUGAAGGGAUGCCCUCAAAGUGGCAGAGAAGCUGAGAUCAGGGCAAUGAUCAGCCAGGUCGGCUUGGACUCUAAAAGAAAUACACAGUCUCAACACCUGUCUGGAGGACAGAAGAGGAAGCUGUCCGUAGGCAUUGCCCUGAUCGGAGGGUCCAAGAUCGUUAUCCUGGAUGAGCCUACUUCCGGUAUGGAUCCUGCAGCCAGAAGACAGACAUGGGACAUCCUUCAGAGGAACAAGCAGGGCCGGACCAUGCUUCUGACCACUCACUUCAUGGACGAGGCUGACCUCCUGGGUGACCGCAUCGCCAUCAUGGCAGAAGGGGUGGUCAAGUGCUGUGGGACAUCAUACUUCCUGAAGAAACUGUACGGAGCUGGCUACCACCUGGUGAUGGUGAAGGAACCCAACUGUCAGGUGGCGUCAGUGACGGCAGUUGUCCAGCAGCACGUCCCUACAGCAGUCAUGGAGAGUGAGAUCAAUGCUGAACUCUCCUACCUGCUGCCUGAUGACCAGUCAGCUAACUUUGCUGCUCUCUUCAAUGAGAUUGAAACACGAAGAAGGGAGUUGGGCAUUUCCUCUUUUGGUACGACAGCAACCACGAUGGAAGAAGUGUUCUUGAAAGUCGAUGUGGAACCGUCCGAUUCAGAGACUGAUUUGAAGGUAAAAACAACAGCUGGCAUCGUGAACAGUGAAGGUUUUACUAACGCUGCUAUGGAACACCCUGGAGAAGAACCCGACGAGAAUGGAUUUGGUCUCUCAAACAUGGGUUCCUAUGGAGCUUUAUCUGGACGAGGAGACGACGCGAAACUGCUGGCUUUCAACCGAGGGUUUCACAAAGUGAGAGGUGUCCAACUGGAGCUAUCCCGAUUCCGAGGAAUGUUUAUAAAGAAAAUGAUCCUGACUCUAAGGAACAAGUUCAUGACGAUGAUGCAACUCUUCAUCCCUGUUAUCUUUGGAAUUGCAGUCUUCGCAGCCCUUACCGCCUCUGGUUCCGGUCGAAAGGACGAAGGACCUAUCACUCUGGACAUGAGACAGUUUAACAACACUAUUGUCCCUUACCAAAACGGAAGCCCGCCAGUACAACUAACAACAGAUCUUACCAGCAACUUUGUCAGCCUUUUCGAUAGAACUUCCAACAAACCAAAAUGGGUGGAAUUGGACACGUUCACGAAUAUGUCCAACUACUUUCUGUCCACGGUCGAGGACAUUGGAGUGACUGUAUUUGAUGUGAAAUACAUAAUUGCUGCAGAAUUUGAAUCAAACACUACCGCUCGUGGCCACUACAAUGGUCAACCAUAUCACACACCACCAAUAAUUUUGUCAUCUCUGCUGAAUGGGAUCCUUAGAUAUUUCACAUCCCCAGAUCAUUCCAUAACAACAACCAACUUCCCUCUUCCGCAAAACCAGUCUGACAGUUCUCGGACAACUCUUGUAGCAGGAGCUGGAACUGGGUUCGGGAUUUCCUUCGUCUUGAUCUUUGGCAUGGCCUUCCUAACGUCAUCCUUUGUACAUUUCCUGAUCAAGGAGAGGCAGGUUGGCGCGAAGCAUCUUCAGGUGGUCAGUGGAGUUGGGCCGUUUGUAUUCUGGAUGUCGAAUUUCGCCUGGGACUUCAUCAACUACAUGAUUCCCUGUGUUGGUCUCCUGAUAGUGUUCGCUGCAUUCCAGUCGGAAGCCUAUGUUGAGGACGGGAGACUGGGUAUUGUGUUCCUCAUCUUCGUGGUGUAUGGCUGGGCAGUACUCCCCUUCAUGUACACACUGCAGUAUUUAUUCAAAGUUCCUGCAUCUGGAAUGGCCAUGAUCAUCAUUCUCAACAUCGUUACAGGAAUGUUCAGCGUGAUGAUCAUAUUCCUCCUGACAAUGUUCAAGGCCGGCUCGGUGCUGGAAGUCUUGGAUUGGAUAUUCACGGUCCUGUUACCACACCAUGCUUUCGGCAUGACCUUCUUUGAAAUGUACAUCAACUAUAACAACCACGCCUUCUGCACCGAACAGAACUACAUACAGGAGUGUGCUCGAGGAACAGUCAUGUCUUGCUGCCAAGAUACCUGCGGUAACGACUGUCUAGUGUUUUCAGACGAUUUUCUCCAGUGGGAAUUGCCAGGAAUUGGACGUUUCAUCUUAAUGCUUGUCCUACAUGGAUUCUUUUACAUGUCAGUCAUUUUAAUGAUUGAAUACCAAAUUCCCCAGAAGAUUGCAUAUUGCAGUGGGGGUCACGAUAUGGAGGACGGAGAACGGUUCCUCGAUGGUUCAGUUCCGGAAGACGAUGACGUGUCUGCAGAGCGCAGACGCAUCGAUGUCACAGACCCAGCUUCCGGUUCCUCUGAUGCUAUUGUCCUGAAGAACUUGUACAAGAGAUUUGGGGACGUUGUGGCAGUGGAUCAUCUGAACAUAGGCAUUGCGGAGAAGGAGUGUUUUGGUCUCCUGGGUCAAAAUGGUGCUGGGAAGACGACGACGUUCAGGAUGAUGACGGGAGAAGUGAUGGUCACUGGUGGAAAUGCUUAUUUGUGGAAGCAUGACAUCAGGAAUCAGUCUAAGAAGGUGCAGGAGAACAUGGGCUACUGUCCCCAGUUUGACGCCCUGAUUGACCAGAUGACCGGUCGAGAGACUCUCGCCAUGUACGCCCGGCUACGUGGUGUUCCAGAAAGGAGCAUCGCCGACGUUUGCACCAAGCUGCUGGACAUCAUGAUGCUGCACAACUACGCCGACAUCCCAACACAGGAAUACAGUGGUGGCAACAAGCGUAAGCUGAGCACCGCCAUCGCUCUGGUGGGAGACCCGGCCUUCAUCAUGCUGGAUGAGCCGUCCACGGGGAUGGACCCCAAGGCCAGGAGGCAGCUCUGGAACGUCUUGUCACAGGUCCGGGAGUGCGGCAGGACACUCGUGCUUACGUCUCACAGCAUGGAGGAAUGUGACGCCCUGUGCACCAAGAUCGCCAUCAUGGUCAACGGAAGGUUUGUCUGUCUCGGAACACCUCAGCAUCUAAAGAACAAGUUUGGUCAGGGAUACACCCUUAUAGCAAGAAUGGCAAUGCUUGCCGACGGUCAAAACACCGCUCCAACCCAACCCCUAGUAGACUUCAUCACGUCCCACUACCCCCACACCCAGGUGUUUGACGACCACCAGGGCUACGCCCACUUCCAGGUACCCGACACCUCCGUGAGUCUGGCCCAGGUGUUCACAUCCAUGGAGCAGGCCAAGGGGCAGUUUUGUGUGGAGGACUAUUCCGUCCACCAAACAACUCUGGAGCAAGUGUUCCUUUCAUUUACACGGCAACAGGUUCCGCCAAGAGAGGAACCACCCAAAGGAUUCUGUAGAACAAUUUGUUGCUGCUGUUGCAAUUGCUGUUUUAGUUGUUGCUGAAGACUGUGUCGCAGGUUCAUUUUCACAGCUUGGAUUACAGUUCCUGUUAUGAAGACGUCAACGAACCUAUGUGAAAUAGGUUUCCUGUUCGUAUGCAGUGAACAAUUUUUGACAGCAUGUUGUUGUUAAUUAUAUAUUGUGUGAAACAAGCGCUACAAACACCCUGUGGUAUCUGGGUGUCGCUGAAGCACGAACUUGCAGUGCCUUUAUCAGAUGGAUUGAACAGUAUUCCCGUCACACCAAAACGUGAUAGCGGACAGCCCAAAGUGACAAAGGUUGGACAGCGAACAGACUAACACUUAGCCUCUUAAAAAUAUAUAGUUUUAUUACGAUGAAAUAGCUGCAAUUGAAACUAUAAAUAAGGCCCUAUACAUGAACCAGUCGGGACCUGAAGGAAAGUCUAGACUUGUUUCAUUUAGACUUUUGGGUCUGGGUAGAAGGAAACGUAACAUACUCGGGGACUAGCACGCAGACUAAGAAGUGUGUCAAAGAUGGAAAAGAUAAGAAAUACGUUUAAUCGCAUCUCACAGGAAUAAUUUCCAUGAAUGUUAUGAAUGAUAUGUGUGUCUUGGCUCUAUAUAUGAGUAUAUUUCCGUGCAUGUAUGCGUCUACCUCAUACAACAAAGAUUACACAAUAAAUCCUCCAUGUUCUUCUAGUUUGUACAUGUCAAUUGAUUACAACUGUAGAAACUAUAAAUAUAGGCCCUAUACAUGAACCAGUCGGGACCUGAAGGAAAGUCUAGACUUGUUUCAUUUAGACUUUUGGGUCUGGGUAGAAGGGAAAGUAACAUACUCGGGGACUAGCACGCAGACUAAGAAGUGUGUCAUAGCGGACAAGGUCAAGGUGACCUUCACUGCAUUCCGAAGCGUUGUUGUCCUUAUCUUCCUUAUGUCUCGCAUGACUGGUCACCAGCACUCGACCUCCACUGCUGUGGUUGUACAAUGAGCCCUGUCGACAGCGAUCGUGAGAACACGAACAUUUGCAUUCAUAUCUGUGACGAUAAUAGGCAAGGUUAUGUCAUGUUUAGUACGUUGCUUUAUAAACCCGUAUUGCUGUUAAACAAUAUGUGAAGUCUAUCUUUGUUAAAUUACAACUUUGUAUGUAUAUAGAUAUAUCGUUGUUGACAGGCGGUAAAGCACGGCAUUGAAAAAGGGCAGCGUGUGAUUCCAGAUUUACCCAGGAGAUUAUCAGACAGUGUAAUAGAGCGGUGUCGGGUAUUGCCGAACAGGCGGCUAUUACCGAACCAAAUUCCACUUCCGUAUGUUUUGUCAACUUGCUGGUCGUGACAGUUUUUUCUAUGCGUAUGGCAUCAGAGCUUCCAGAGUAUCUUCCAGCAAAACUGUUGUUUAACUUAGAAAAUACAAUCCGAAACAAGAAAACGCAUAAGACAAACAUGGAUGGUGGUGGUGGGGGCGCCACUGACUUAUAUUGUAAUAUUUCACAAAACACUGAGGAAGUACAAAUCAUGUUUGCUGCUUUUCAUGCAGAACUUUAAUAGCGCUCGAUUAUCAGGGUUAUCCUGAGCACUCUGAAAAUGUUCAUUCAAAUAACUGUUGUAACAAAUGUUACCUUCUUGUCGUAUUUUGAAUUUUGGGUUCAUGUUUUAUUUUUUAUACAUCCUUGUUAGAAUUUCAGUAUAUAGACGUCAAUUCGCUCUUUAGAAUGACCUCCAGCACUUACCGACACAUUACCCCGACAAAUCUUGCAAUACUGGCCAUCGAUCAAGUAAUUCUUUCUUCUUUCCCGUUACUAUAUUUGCAUUAAAGAGUUUAUUAACUUU